UAUGAUCUUUGGGCUGGUCCUUUCAACAUCGGCCAUUCUCAUUCGGUCCAAUUGACCAUGCAUGCUAGAUUCUAGAUCUUAGAGCACUCUAAUUCAUUGUCGGCUAUUACAUGGACACUGGCCGUCCCCAUGGUCGCAGCUCUCUUCUUGCGCGCCUCUCACCAGGCGGCGAGGCCAAUUGGCCUCCAACAGUGCCAGUCAGCCGUCAGCCGCUUGAGUGCUAAUUUGCCUUUCACCCAAGGCUUCAAAAGAUGGCAGUUUUCUAAAAUCCAGAUGCUCUCAACCUCGGGACCGAAAUGGCAGGCUGACACUCUUGACCGGACGAGGAAUAUCGGCAUCAUCGCCCAUAUCGAUGCCGGCAAGACGACCACCACCGAGCGCAUGCUCUACUAUAGUGGUUUUACCAGACGGAUAGGAGAUGUGGAUGAAGGGUCCACGGUCACUGACUUUCUGCCCGCUGAACGAGCUCGCGGGAUCACCAUCCAAUCUGCUGCGAUCACCUUCCAUUGGCCGCCUCAAGCAUCGAAUGAUCAGAAUUCAGCAGCUGAGCAUGACCCACAGGUCCCUCGGUCUGCCUCUUUGCAUACAGUAAACCUAAUUGAUACACCCGGACACGCGGAUUUCACCUUUGAGGUCAUGCGGUCCCUACGCAUUUUAGAUGGUGCGGUGUGUAUUCUGGACGGCGUAGCUGGCGUCGAAGCUCAGACGGAGCGUGUCUGGCACCAGGCAAGCACUUAUCGUAUUCCCAGGAUUGUCUACAUCAACAAGCUGGACAGAGAUGGUGCAGCCUUUGGCCGUACGGUCAGAGAAGUCAGCUCCCGGUUGGCAGGAUAUCCGGCGGUCUGCCAGAUUCCGUGGUUCGAGGGAGGAAAUGGCCGCUUUAUUGGAGUGGCCGAUGUGAUCAACUUGCAAGGCCUCCGUUGGGAAGAAGGCGACGGCAAAUCUGUCAAGAUGUUCAACCUCCAAGAACUGGACAGCGAGGAAAGUCAGCUUGCACAGGAACUCCGACGCGCAAGGAUAGCACUUGUCGAGCUGCUUAGCGAGCAUGACGAGACUAUGAUCGAGAAAUUCUUUGAACAUGAUGAGGAUCACCUCGCUGUUCCUCCCAUCGACAUUCUAGACAGUUUGCGCCGGUGUCUUCUACAGGAACAGAGUAGGAAGGUCAUCCCCAUCUUUGCUGGGGCCAGCUUCCGCAAUGUUGGUGUCCAGCCUCUGCUUGACGCCGUGACCAACCUCCUUCCCAGUCCCCUCGAAACUCCGGAUCCGGAAGUGGGCAUUGGAGAGGUUAGCGGAGGUCUUCGGAGUCUGCUCUCUGGCGAUCUAUUGGUCAAACAGAGCGAGAAAGCAGCCUCCUCCAAGGGCACGCAGAAAAAGAAGAAAUCUGUCCUCCAGGCCGAAUCCCAAAAUGCCAUCGCCAAACUUCAGAGCUGUGCCCUGGCCUUCAAGGUGGUGAAUGAUGCCAAGCGAGGUGUCUUGGUCUAUGUGCGUGUGUACUCAGGAUCCCUUGAUCGGAACAGCACUAUCUUCAACACCAACCUCAAGGUCUCCGAGCGUGCACCGCGUCUCCUAAAGAUGUACGCCAACGACGCCGUCGAGGUGGAUUCCAUCCCAGAGGGACACAUUGGUGUCGUGGCCGGCCUCAAACAUGCACGAACUGGCGAUACACUGGUGUCUUAUGUUGGUAACAAAUCGACACCGCCAGAACCCCUUGAUACCCUCCAACUACGUCCUAUCCAAGUUCCGCCCCCUGUCUUCUUUGCUAGCAUCGAACCGCAUAGCCUGAGCGAAGAGAAGAAGAUCCAUGAAUGCCUGGCCCUUCUCCUGCGUGAAGAUCCCAGUCUCCACGUCACUGUCGAUGAAGACUCUGGACAAACCCUACUAAGCGGUAUGGGCGAACUCCAUCUCGAAAUCGCCCGAGACCGUCUGAUCAACGACCUCAAGGCCAAAGCCUCCAUGGGCCGCAUCGAGAUUGGCUACCGUGAAUGCCCACUUGGAGGAUCCCCUGUCGUGAGCAAAAUCUUCGACAAGGAAAUCGCCGGCCGCAAAGGCAAAGCCGGUUGCACAGCAGCAGUGGAACCGUUCGAUCCCGACGACGCAUCUGAAGUCCCAGAAGACGCCGUGUCAGUCGAAACCAGAGAUGGCAACCAUAUCAUCAUCCGCGCCCCAGAACUACACAUAGAAACCAGCCGCAGAGGCGUUCAAGAGAGUCCGCUACUUCCCGCUGGUCUCGACGUACACACGCUCCGAACCUCCCUCCAGAACGGCUGCUUCGCGGCCCUUGCUCGCGGCCCUCAAUUCACCUUCCCCAUGCACAACACCCGCGUCACCCUCACCUUUGACCCAGCUGAGCACCUCUUCGGCAACGACACCACCCCCUCCGCCCUCUCCUCCGCUGCGCGUCUUGCCACCUCCGCCGCUCUCCGCGACCUUUCCUCCGGCCCAGGCACCUCCCUCAUGGAGCCCGUCAUGAACGUGAUCAUCAGCGUCGACGAAGCCAGCCUCGGAGCAGUCGUCCACGACAUUUCCUCCUCUCGAGGCGGCCACAUUGUCUCCCUGGACGAAGAAAUCCCCAUCACAUCGACCGACCUCUCCCCAUCCCCACAACCAGUCGAUGAACUCCCACCAAUUGACCCAAGCAAGAUCUACGCCCCUCCGGAUCCCUUCGAAACGGCCUCCGUCGGCGCCUCAAUCCCCGAUACAGCCAACAGAGCCAGAACAAUCACAGCCAAGGUGCCCCUCAAGGAAAUGGUGGGAUAUCUGAAACAUCUGCGCAGUCUGACUGCCGGUCGUGGUACGUUCGUGAUGAGCGUCGAUCGAUUCGAGAAGAUGAGUAGCCCGCGACAGAAGGCCGUUUUGACGGAAUUGAGAGGCGGGUUCUUUUAGUUCUCCCCUCUUUUUCUUCGAUAUUUUUGGAAUAUCUUCCUCGAGACAUACUGUAACAUAAACACAUAAUCUCCGUCGAGAUUUAGAUAACGUAUCAAAUGUAUACUACCUGUGAAAGUUUGCAAAACCAAUAUAUG